AUGGGCAAGCUGGGCAUUCGAAAGAAGGUGGCCAACCGAGGCCCCAAGCGCCCAAGCGCUGUGGACCAAGCCAAAGCAGCAAAGGAUGCAGGCCGCUGUGACGAAGCUCUGGAGUUGUUGAAGGCUGCCCUUCCUGGCCGCGGCGCACAGGUCGAGGUGGCAAAGUAUGAGCUGGCCUUGCUCCUGUCCCAGCUCGGGAGGCACGAGGAGGCAGACCACUGGCUAAGGCAGCUGGGCCUCACUUGGAAGUUAAACCCAUCUGUGCUGGAUGGAAGCUGCCUCACAGGCCCCACAUGUCGAGGUGAUGCCAACUUCGUCGCCGCCUUUGACGAUGCGCUGCCACGCGAGCUUCUGCAGUUGCUCCAGGAUGCCUUUCAGGCGGGAUCUGCGUUUUGGAAGGAGCACAAGUAUCCGACUCCGAACUUCUUCUCCUACAAUGAGAAGCUGCAGCCAGGUGGCGCAGCUGCCGAAGGGGCUCCACUGAUUCGUAUGGCGGCAUCACAUGUGAAAAGCCUUGCGGUGGCCAGCUUCCCAGCCAUCUUUGGCUGCUCAGGCUGCGACCGCAAGGUCUCCUCUGUCGAGUGGUGGGCUCACACGCGCCCUGCAGGUUCGGGCAGUGGCCACCAGCUGCACUAUGAUUUGGACGAGGUGAGCCUGCCAUCCUUGAAGGAAGGAUCUCUUCCACACCACCCACUGGUGUCCUGUGUUCUCUACCUCAGCUGUGGCAGUGCAGCCACGGCUUCCACCACCCUCGUUACGGACCAGACACUGAAGCCUGGCAGUCGGGCGAGCAGGGGCUGGCUGUGUGAACCAAGAGUGAAUCGAGUGCUUCUCUUUGAUGGCAGCCUGCUCCAUGGCGUCAUCCCGAACCUCGCCUUGCAGGCAACGGACCCUUCGGAGCCGCGAGUCACGCUGAUGCUGGGCCUUUGGGGCGAGCAGGGGCCAUGUGGUUCGCCAGCUCCAUCUCCAACGCAGCCAUUGGGACCCAACAUGCAGCUGCCUCGUGAAGCUGCCUGGCCGGAACUUCUCCGACCUUAUGUUGCCGAUGCCAAAGCGCUUCAGGCGCCGUCCGCCGCCACGCCGGCAGAUCUUGCUGGUCCAGUGCAACCGGUUUGGUGUUCGACGGAGACCUCUGAAGAUUCUGCAUCUUCUCCUGGCUCUGUGGAGUUUAUUGGCCGCUGGUUCUUGAGCCAUGCUCCAGAGGAGUUGCAGCGGGUUGGUGGCACCGCCCAGAUCGAAGUCGAGGCUCAGAACGCACGCAGGCCAUCGAUCGAUCCAGACACCCGGGCGCCGACAGGACUUCGCAGCUUAGUCGUGAGCGAGGAGCGCCAGCCCCAACAUGUGGUCAGUUCUCUUCUGAUAGGCAUGGGCAUAGCACUGAAACAAGGGUCCAUGAAUCAGCGAUGUUUGCUGGCGGCGCACUUUGCAGCGACGGAUGUAAGCCGGGUGGACCGACUGCGGAGAUUGCUUCGCUCGGUCGAAGAGCAAACGUUGUCGGUACCCCUGCUGGUGAGUUGGUCGGCAGAAGAUGCAGAGGCUGACAAGGCCUUCCGUGAGAGCGUGGCCGAAAGAGCCUCCGCUGUCAUCGAUGACUUCCAGAGCAGGGGCGUCAUCCAUGCGAUGCCUCGCUUGAGGGGCCGACGGGCGCAGUUCCAGCACUACGCGCGGUUGCGGGAGAGCCUGAAGCGUCACAUCCAACCGUCGGAUCAGCCGUGGGUCUUCUUCUCGGACGACGAUGAUUUGUGGCAUCCACGCAGGGCUCAGGAGUAUGUACAUGCGAUUCAGGAUAGACCGGAUGACGUGCCAGUCGUGCACUCCAGGGUCCACCUCUCUCCUGGUCUGGGACCACGUCUGCCUCUAGAUGCCACGGCUACGGAGGUGACGCGAAUGGAGGCGGAUGGGCUCCUGCGCCUGGCCAUCAGUGCGGAGGAGGAGGAGCCGGGCCUGUUUGGCACGGCCACUGGAGAGUACUUCGAUGCAGCCGCCAAGUUCGAGGUGUUUGACGAGUUCUUCGACCGGCAUAACGACCAGGUCAUUGCGAACAAGUUCGCUGACAUCCGCUUCAGAACGCACCUCUUGCGGGGAGGCGCCUCUCGCGUUUAUCGCUUUCUGCCUAGUGGUGGCACUGCCCAGAGCCCCGAGCACGACCACCUUCCCUGGAUGUACUUCUACGACCGACCCACCAUGCCUUACAGCACGCCACCGGGCGAGGAGGACCUGGAAUACGUUUCCGAGGAGCUGCCUGAUCCAAAGCGCAUUGCAGGGCUGAGGCAGACUCUGGACUGUGUUCUCUUCCAGCUGGCGCCGACUGCCGGUCCACUGGAGAUCACCGAACAGGAUUUUGCCCAACGCCUUGUCGGAACCUUGAACGAGGUCACGCCGGCCAACGCAGCCCGAGUGCAGUCAGAACUGCCCAAACACCUCUGUGAGAGAGGGAGGGCAUCUGACGCUUUCUCAGAAUUGCGAGAGGCCCUUGCUUCUCUGGCUCAGGUUGGCAAAUACUCAGACGCGAAGGCAGAGACUGUGGAGUCAGACCCGAACUUCCAGCUCUUGUCCCUUGCGCGGGCGACUUUGAAAGUGCCACUUCACAGAUCCAGGCUGGCGAAGCUGCCCAUAGAGACGCUCGAGCGGCUGGUAGUUCUGCGGUACGAGCUUCGCCAGGCCAAGAGUUCUCCCUUCACCAUGUCAGAUGGUAAGUUUCGCCCGAUUACCGUUUUCUUAUACCUGAACGAGCUUCCCGAUGCUGCAGGGGCAGGGGUGAGCUGCUGCGCUGUGAUGUGGCCCAAUGCUCAGGCAGAUGGCACGGAGGCCCCUGCACGGAGUUUGCUUGAAAAGCUUGCAGCCAAGCCACGAAACUUGCAAAGGUACGGUGUCAAUUGCUUCUUCCACGUCCAAACUAAGCGACUCGUGCGCCAAUUAGCAUGCUACGUCGUCAGCAUCACAGACUUGGAGGAAGGCAAGAAGGACUCCGGCGAGGAGCCGGCCCCGGUCGAAACCCCACAGCUGGUCACCGUAUGUGUUCGUCUGGAGGCCGCUGGUAGCGAGGAGCUUUCGAUCAGCUCGUUGGUUGUGCCCGGCCUGCCACGCGCCAUGGCAGACAACGGAGGCUAUCCGUCGAUGCAGGGGAGGCCACCAGCCCAGACAGCGUACCCCUGCUUUGCCACGAUCCAUCGCUUGUCUCGCCGCUUUGAUGCACUCUUCCAGAGACAACUUGUGAAGGACUUGCCCCUCCAGUUGAGUGGCAGGUUUUGUUCUGCCCUGGAAGACCCCGUAAGGUACGGCGGAAGCAGCGAGGUUCUGGUCGUCGGCGACGCUGAACCAGGGGAGUGGAUCUUCAACGUCCUGACCGGCAAGUGCCUGGGCUGGUCUUCAAGCAUCGUUUCGAGGAGAAUCAAGCUCACGACAUUUCAGGAUAAAACGCUGAGAGACAGCGAAAGAGCUCCCUGUUGCUCUGAGAACCUGUCGGACUCCGAGAACAACCUCUUCAGCCCAGGCGUCACAGACCUGGCCAUCGAGAAGGGCUGGUGGCAUCCCAAAGAGGCGAAGUUCCCAGGAGACUUCGACUUCUUCGGAGCAUACGGCUAUGAGCCAACAGCCGCGUGUCCGUUAACAGCCCAGUUGGAGAAGUUUCACCUGAAGGUUCCGCGGGUGCAGGGUGUGGCAGUUGGGAUCUCGGGGAUGUUUGGAGUCAUGUUGGUUGGAUCUUCAGGGGCCAAGCUGGAUCCGAACCUGGGCAACCUGCCCAAGACAAAGCCCCUCAGCUUCAAGGGGGCUUCGAACAACCCCCUUCGAUUAGCACUUAACAAGCGCCGAGAGAAUGGCAUUGCAGAUUUUGACUGGCGAAUUACAUGCUUUGUGAGGAACCCGUAUCCGCCCUCGGUGCCGGCGCCGCACGGCUCAGUUACGCGAUCCAUGGCCACUGGGACUAAGGAUGUGGGCCAGGGCCGAGUGGUUGGGCAGAAGUGUCUGAAAAGUUCUCCCAGAGCAGUCGUCCGUUGGCUUCAACAGAUGUCGGAGGUCAUGAACGUUUUUCGCGACCACUACGAGGGCACCCCCUACGAUCUGACGAAGGACCGGUCCAUCCGCCACGUGGACGACUUCCAGCCCGAGAGCUGGGGGCUGGACCUGCCGGAGCCGCUGAUCCGCGAGAUGUACAUCGUUCGCUCGGACCUGACGCCCGUCAUGGGCUGGGAGACGGGGCGGCGCUCGGAGCCGGCCUUCAUGGACAUGAACCUCCACGCCAUCCGCGGGAAGAGUGAGCCGCAGGUCGUGCUGUACCAGUACGACGAGAGUGACCCGAUGAACCCUCGGGGCUUGCUCAUCGCGUACGCGGAGGCCCACGUGAAGCCUGUUGUUUCAGACUUCGACACCUUCACGGUCGGCAGCCGAGGCAUGCGCUACAGCCAGCUCCCGGCGGACCAGGCGCUUGCGCAAAAAGAGGCCAAGCUGAUCACGUGGCUUUUGCAGCGGACGACAGAGAUUCUGGGCUCCCUGGACCACAAUCCCUGGACCUCCCGGUGGCUGGAGGUCUUGAAGAAGGAGAACGAGAAGGAGGAUGGGGUCCACCCGGAGCUGCCCAAGUUCGGCUUCGGGGAUCCCACGUCGUGA